AGAGCUCGACAUGAGCGGACGAAAAUCAUGAAACUGCGCCUUGGCUCUAGUUGGCUGGUGUACCUGUGCUUGUACCUCUUCGUGGAUCUCCAUGGACACCUUUCGCAGGCAGCCAACAUCUUGGGUGUUUUUCCCUUCUGGCAGCCCUCACCCUACCAAGUGGUGCGGCCCUUAAUGAAGGCGUUAAUCAAACGUAGCCACAAUGUGACCCUUAUAACACCCGCUGCGGUACUGGAUGACAUCGAGGGAGUACGACACAUACGCGUGCCCAUGCUAGACCAACAAUGGCAUGAUAUGAUCAACUCUGAUCAAUUGCUGGAAUUCUUUCGGAACAAGUGGACGGAGGGCGUGAUGGCCUCCGCACUGUUUUACAAUAUUUCCCAAGCUAUCCUCGGCCACGAUGGUGUUCAACGGAUGCUGCGAGAUAAGAACGAGCACUUUGAUAUGAUCAUAAUGGAUACAAACCAUUUUGAAGCCCUUUACGGUCUGGCCGAGUACUACAAUGCCUCCCUGAUGGGUUUGUCCUGUGUGCGCCAAAGUUGGCACACAGAAGCACUGGCGGGAAAUCCGGCACCGAGCAUCAAUGACCCCAUCUCCCCGAUGGGCUAUUCCAUGGGCCAUUCCUUGUUUAGCAUGAUCUACAACUGGUUGUUCAUCACCGAGGAGAAAAUGCUGGAGAGUCUCGUCAUCCGAUCAGCUCAGCUGCGCGUCUUUAAGAAGUACUUUGGGUACUCAGCGCAGAAGUUUGAAGACUUGAGGGCCAGCUUCUCGGUUAUCCUGAUCAAUAGUCACUUCAGCAUGGGAAGGGUGCGAGCCAAUGUGCCCAAUCUCAUCGAGGUGGGAGGAUUGCACCUCAGCGAAACGCCGGAACCUUGCGAUUCCGAGCUACAGAGAUUUAUGGACGAGGCGGAACACGGAGUCAUCUACUUUUCGAUGGGCUUGGACAUUAUGGUCAGUUAUCUGCCGGAGAGCAUGCAGCAGCCACUCCAGCAGGCCUUCUCCCGAGUGAAACCGAGGAUUGUAUGGAAGAACGAGCUAGCCACGACACCUAAUAAAACGGACAAGCUAUAUGCAAUAGCGAAGGCUCCUCAGCGCCAGAUACUGGCCCAUCCAAAUGUCCGGCUGUUCAUUACUCAAGGAGGACUACUCAGCGUGUUGGAGGCAAUAGACAGCGGAGUUCCAAUGCUCGGUCUACCGUUGUUCUUUGACCAAUUUAUUAAUAUGGAUCGAGCAAAGCAAUGUGGCAUAGCCGAGGUCUUGGACUCUAAUAACCUCAACACCGAUACAGUAACCAAAACCAUUCAGGAACUCCUCGAGAACCCGAAGUAUGGUUUCAGAGCCGAGAAGAUGUCCAAGUCUUUCAGGGACAGACCCAUGAGUCCCCUGGACACUGCUGUUUGGUGGACAGAGUACGUAUUAAGACACCGUGAUGCUAAGCACAUUCGCCUAAAUAAGGAGGACAUUUCCGUGGUCCAGUACUACCGAUUGGAUUAUCUGCUUACGUAUUUAACCCGCGUUGGCUUUGUUGUGGGAGUGCUUCUAUUUCUGAGCUUUAGGCUAUUUCGGAAAAUCCGAGCAGCACAGAGUCGCCCUUUGGAAAGACAAAUAGCCUACAUGCAAAUUAUAAAUUUUGAAGAAUCGGAUUAACAUAUACGUUAACAGUAUUAUAUACUCUUAAAAUAAAUGUUCAAAAUAACUCUCUGUUAGUAUAAAUUAUCACAGUAAAAGUAUGCUUUUAAAAAACAUA